CCCCCCUUCUCGCCGUGGUACCCCAAUCCCACCCCACCCCUCGGAUUCCAGCGCGUACGCACCUUCAGAGCUCGGAGGACGGAGUCGUGGACCGUGCGCAGCGACCCUGCCCUUGCCGUCGACGGCGGUGAGGACCGCCUCGCUGGAGGCAGACGCGCCCGUGCCCUCUUGCCCCCUCCCCGUUGGUAUGUCGUCGUCGUCGUCGUCCUCGUCGCUGGCGUACUCCUUGUACCGCCGCCGGAUCGUCGAAUGCAAAGCGGCGGCCUACCCCUUACGGCUCCCCUCCUGCGUGAGACCGGCUGCGCGCCCUAGGAUCGGCGCCGGCGUGCCAGCCGCCGCCACCUCAGCCCGAGGAGGUGAUAGUAGCAUCAUCAAUGCCCUAACUAUGCAGCGGUGGGAGACCUUGAAUAACAUGGCAUACAAAGUUGGGAGGCUUGAAACAUCCGAUGGAAAGCAGGCCUUGAAGAUACUGAGUUCUCUUGUGCAACGAUCAGGUUUGGCCCGAAUUACUCAUAUUUACUGUAUGGCUGUUCCGAUCCUCAUCCAAGCUCAAAUGCAUGCGCAAGCAAUGUCAGUGCUGAGGCAUCUUGCCAUGACAGGCUUCUCCUGCAGUGCUAUUUUUAGCUCUCUCUUGCGGACUAUUUCACGCUUUGAUUCCACCAAUUGUAUGGUUUUUGACCUCCUUGUCAAAGCAUAUGUCAAGGAAAGAAAAGUUGCAGAUGCAGUUAUGGCAAUUUUCUUUAUGGAUGACUGUGGAUUUAAGGCUUCAGCUGUUGCUUGCAAUACCAUCCUUAAUACUCUUCUGGAGGACGGGAAAUCAAAACCUGUUUGGUUGUUCAUGAGAGAAAGUCUGGCCCGUAAAUUCCCUCUGGACAUUAUCACUUGCAAUAUUCUUCUCAAUUUCCUGUGCACUCAGGGUAAAUUUAGAGAGGCUGAAUAUAUGCUUCAAAAGAUGAAGAGUUGUCGCUUACCUAAUUCUGUUACUUAUAAUACUAUACUACAUUGGUAUGUUAAGAAGGGAAGGUUUAAGGCUGCCCUGCGUGUUCUAGAAGAUAUGGAGAGGAAUAGUAUAGAGGCAGAUGUGUAUACGUAUAACAUCAUGAUAGAUAAAUUAUGUAAAAUAAAGAGGAGUACACGUGCUUUCCUUUUGCUCAAAAGAAUGAGGGAAGAUAAAUUGACACCUGAUGAAUGUACUUACAAUACUUUGAUCAAUGGAUUUUUUGGUGAAGGGAAGAUAAACUUUGCUAUCUAUGUCUUCAACCAUAUGUUGACACAAAGUUUGGUACCAAGCAUAGCUACUUACACUACAAUGAUUGAUGGGUACUGCCGAAAUGGUAGAAUUGAUGAAGCCCUAAUAAUUCUUUCCGAAAUGCAAAGUACUGGUGUCAGACCAAGUGAACUAACUUAUAGUGCUUUGUUGAAUGGCUACUGCAAAGUUUCCAUGCUGGGACCUGCUCUAGAUCUUAUGGAAGGUUUAAAAUCAAGAGGCAUAACCAUCAAUAAGACAAUGUAUACUAUUCUCAUUGAUGGUUUUUGUCAAGUAGGUGAGAUUUCCAAGGCCAAACAAAUUUUAAAGAGUAUGCUUGGGAAUGGAAUUGAUCCAGAUGUUAUCACCUAUUCAGCAUUGAUCAAUGGUAUGUGCAAGAUGGGUAAGACGCAUGAAACAAAAGAGAUUUUGUCAAGGAUGCAGAAAAGUGGAGUUUUACCUAAUGAUGUGCUAUAUACAACUCUAGUUUGCUAUUACUGUAAGGCUGGGUAUGUCAAGGAAGCACUAAAGCAUUUUGUGGACAUUUAUCGAAGGGGGCUAGUUGCCAAUUCAGUCAUCCAUAAUGCAUUAUUAUGUGCUUUUUAUAGAGAAGGAAUGAUUGCAGAGGCUGAGCACUUCAAACAAUACAUGUCCAGGAUGAAGAUAUCGUUUGGUGCUGCCUCCUUUAACUGCAUGAUAGAUAGUUACUGCCACAGAGGUAAUGUAAUUGAGGCAUUUUCAGUUUAUGAUAACAUGGUUAGAUAUGGUCAUUCUCCAAAUGUUUGCACAUAUCAGAAUUUGCUUAGAGGAUUAUGUCAAGGAGGCCACUUGGUACAAGCGAAGCAGUUUAUGGUCCGCCUUGUUGACACACCUUCUGCUAUUGAUGAAAAAACUUUCAAUGCACUGCUUCUUGGGAUUUGCAAAUAUGGAACCAUGGAUGAAGCUUUGGAUUUAUGUGAGGAAAUGGUCAAAAACAACUUUUUACCUGAUAUUCAUACUUACACCAUUCUUCUCAGUGGUUUUUGCAGGAGAGGUAAGAUUUUGCCUGCAGUCCACAUGUUGCAGAUGAUGUUGGAGAAAGGACUGGUCCCUGAUACUGUUGCAUAUACCUGUUUGCUGAAUGGGUUGAUAGAUGAAGGCCAGGUGAAGGUUGCUUCUUAUCUGUUCCAGGAGAUCAUAUGCAAGGAAGGCUUGUAUGCAGAUUGUAUUGCCUAUAAUUCAUUGAUGAGAGGAUACGUCAAGGGAGGAAAGAUAAAUACUUUAGAAAGGGUGAUGUCUGAUAUGCAUGAGAGUGAGGUUUAUCCAAACUCUGCUAGCUAUAACAUACUUAUGCAUGGGUAUGUCAAGAAGGGACAUUUUUCAAGGUCUUUUUAUCUGUACAAAGAUAUGGUGAGGAAAGGGGUCAGACCAAACAAUGUGACGUAUCGCUUGCUCAUACUUGGACUUUCCAAGUGUGGGAUGAUUGACAUUGCAGUUAAGUUCUUGGAGAAGAUGGUCUUAGAAGGCAUUUAUCCUGAUAAGUUAGCUUUUGAUAUACUGAUAACAACUUUCAGUGAGAAAUCUAAGAUGCAUAAUGCUCUACAACUUUUCAAUUGUAUGAAGUGGUUACGUAUGUUACCUAGCAGUAAAACAUAUAGUGCCAUGAUAAAUGGAUUAAUCAGAAAAAAUUGCUUGGAUGAGAGUCAUGAAGUUUUAUGUGAGAUGUUACAAUGCGGGCUUCAACCAAAGCAUACACACUAUAUUGCAUUGAUCAAUGCAAAAUGUAGGGUUGGUGAGAUUGAUAGAGCAUUCAGGCUAAAAGAAGAAAUGAAAGCUCUUGGUGUUCUGCCUGCUGAAGUUGCUGACAGCUCAAUUAUUAGAGGACUAUGUAGAUGUGGAAAACUUGAAGAGGCAGUCAUAGUUUUUAGCAGUAUGAUGCGUGCAGGAAUGGUGCCAACUGUUGCUACUUUCACUACUCUAAUGCACGGUCUUUGUAAAGAAUUCAAGAUUGCUGAUGCUUUGCACUUGAAAAGGCUGAUGGAGUUAUGUAGAUUGAAGGUUGAUGUUGUCACUUAUAAUGUUCUAAUUACCGGUUUUUGUAACAACAAAUGCAUUUCUGAUGCACUAGAUCUUUAUGGAGAGAUGAAAUCGAAGGGACUUUGGCCAAAUAUUACAACAUACAUCACACUCAUUGGAGCUGUGUAUGCAACACAGAGAGUGCAGAUUGGAGAGAAACUACUGGAGGAUAUAGAAGAAAGGGGCCUUAUUCCGUCAUCUAAGCAUCCUGAAAAUCUUGAAAGGCGGAUGGAAAAUACAAUUAGGAGGUUAAACAUGAUAAGAAAUUGUAGACAGGGACCUUUUAAGAACGAGGUCGAGGUAUUGCCAGAAGAUCAUGUAUCCAUGGAUAAAGUUGCCAAUGAUUGAAAUCCUAUUGAAAUUUAUCCAAUGUUGAAGGAAUUUUUCCAUUUGAUCAAUAUGGUUGGUACAAAGUUAUGGGUAUCUUUUCUGGUUUAUGCUUGGGAAACAUUAUGUCACAUCCAUUGACUGUGUGUUUGGUUCGAUGGAUAUGGCCAUCCACCAAAAGGUGUUGUUUGGUUGGCAACUCGCUCGGGUGGACGGGCGACUAGCCCCAUGGAAUAUUCGUGGGAGAUAUUCGAUGGAGCAAUCCGGUCAAAAUGGCCAGAUCGAGCCAUCCAGCUUCUCUCCGUUUGCGUUGUGAUUUUUUUAAUUCUUGAUUUUAUGUAAGAGUUUAAGAGUGGUCUAAAAUUUUUAAAUAUUUGUAUAAGUAAAUUAGAGCACUAGCAACUCAUUUUAAUUAGUUUGAUUUAAAAA